AUGGCCAAGAGGGGCGGACGGCGGGCAGGGGUGGCCGCCGCGGCCAUGACCCUCACGGGCGAGCAGCCGGGGUUGCAGCGCGGGCAGCGCCUCCCGCAGAGAGUGGACCGAGCCUGUGAGUAUGCUGUCUCUGAAGCUUUUUCCCUUCAAAAGCCAAAGUGUCCACAGAGGCCUUGGGGCCCUGUGACAAGUCUGGAAACUGCAGAAUGGCUGCAAGUUCAUCAUGAGGCCUGUGGGGAAGCCCAGGAGCUGCUCAGUAACUGGAUGAAGUCCCAACUGCAACUGGAUCUGAGUGAUGGAGAAGAGGAAGUUGACUCUGUCCUUCAGAAAGAGCUUUCUGCAGCCCCUCCAAAGUAUGAGCACUUUGAUGACUUGUGCAGCUAUCUGGAAUGUGAAAUGGAAAGUUCCUCUGUCCAGAAAUACCUCCAGCAUCUUUUGCAGAGUGAAGCUGUGAACUGUGGGAUAGCGAAACACUUUAAACUUGAAGAGAUCAAGGAAAAAAAACAACUUGCAGAUCCACGAAUAAUCAUGGACCUCAGACACAAGCAGGUGAAAGAAAACCGAAUGAGGCAUCAAAAGGCUUUAGAGCUUCAGAGACAAGAAGAGUCCCUGAAGAAAGCAAUCCUGUCUGAGGCCAGGCUCCAAGCACAGGAGGAGGACAGAAGGAAGGCCCUGCAGGCUAAGAAGGAGGAGGAGGAGAUCCAGAGGGAAAUAGUGAAGCUGCGAAAGGAAAUGGCUGAGAAGAAGCACACUGUGGCAAAAGUUUGGAGAAUGGAGGGGAAGAGACAACAAAAAACUCAGAAGCUGUCAAUGCAGGAGGUGUCUGCUGUGUCACCACCCCUGAUCCUGAAGAGAGAAGAGCAAGGAGAGGAGAAACAAAGAAAGACUCAGGAGUUGCUGCACAGGAUUCACACCAGUAAGCAGAGAUGCUUGCAACGACAUUUUUCUGCUUGGCUGAAAGUCAUUCUGGAGCACAGAAUUAAAAUGGGAAAAGCCAGAGCCCUUGCUGACUGGAGAUGCCAACUGAAGGCCCUGCGAGCUUGGAGAAACUAUACUUGGGCCCAGAAAGUAGAGCAGGAGACACAGCAAUUUGAAGUUCAUCUCCAAGAUCAAAACAGGAAAACCCAACUGGCUGUAGAGCACAACCAGCGACACCUCCUGCACUGCUGCUUUCUGGCCUGGCAGCACUGGAGCCGAGCGGAGAUGGAAAAACGAGAGCUGCAUAUGAGGAGGGAGCAGAAAAAUAAAAAGAUGGAACAGCUGCUGGAGGCUGUGUCAGUGGGGAAAUGUGGAGACAGGCCACUAGAGGUUAACAAGCCUGGGACAGAAGUAAAUCAUCAUCAAGAUUUACAGCAAAACAAGCCAACUGAAACUUGCUUGAUACAGAAAGAGCCUGGUCAGACGAGAGACCAGUCUUGUUCGGAUGUUGUUCACACAUCUCAUUUCCGCAGAAAACCCAAAUUUGCCUGGGAGAUUACCAUUAAACAUGCAGCCCUGAGUGCCCAGGACCAGGCUAUGUACAGGAAUCAGAUAGCCACAGUCCUCCAGCAGUUUCAGGCACUCAGUCCAGACAUAUCUCCUGCUUAUGGUAGUCGUUUUGAGCACCGUCACGCCUUCCAGCAAUGUAUGAUUGAGGAGCAGAGGCAGCAGCUUCAGAAACAGCAAGAGCUGAUCCUUAGACUGCAGGAAAAUCAGAAGAUGAGCAGAGAGAAAGAAGAGGGAGCACAAGCUGUGGCUGUAACCCAGACAUUUAACAAUUCUGCUUCUCAAACCAGGGAGGAAAAACAAUCCAGAUGCAAGAAUACAAUCCCUUUGAGCCCACCUGAUUCUCAUGGGCCAGAAAACACAAGGGCAGCAAUGCAAGGCAAGAGGCCCUCCAGCUGGCUGACCUCACUUCAUCCCAUACUGAAAGGGAUGGAGGAGAGAGCGAUUCAGCGGGCAGAACAGAAGAAGAAAAUAGAAGAAGCCAAACAACAAAAAGCAGAGGAAAAAUUGGCCCAGCUGAAGGCUGAAGAGGAAGCACGACAGAGGAAGGAAGCCGAGGAAAAGAAAGCACAGCGGGAAAAACGCCAGAAGGAGAGAAGGCAGCAGAAGAUGAAAGAACUGGAAAAGCAGAGGAGGUUGGAGAAAGAGCAGCAGCUCCAGAAAAAGGCUAGAGAUCACUAUGAGAAGGUCCUUCUCAGAAAGCUGGGAAUGGUGCCAUGGAAAAGGUUGAGGGAGCAAGCCAAGGAAAACCUAGUGGUGGCACAAAGGCACCACAGCUUGGGCCUGCAGAGGAAAUGCCUGAUUACUUGGCUGCAGAAUGCCCAGCAGAGUCUCAAGGACAAGAUGUCUUGGGCUGAGGACUUCUAUUCCCAUAUGUUACUGAGAUGGGGCUUCAGGAACUGGCUAAAGUACAAGGAUUAUCUCUCUACUCAGGAAGAGAGAUCAAGUACCUUCCACACAGUCUGCCUCAUAAGGAAGUUCUUCUGGGCAUGGUUUGAUCAUAUAAUGGAGGAAAAAAGGACCUUAUGGGAGAAGCUGAAGAUUGCUACUGAACGCAGAAACAAGAUGCUUACACUGAACACAUUCAAGGCAUGGAGGCAGUACCCAUUCCUGAUGAAAAAGGAAAGGGAAAGAGAAGAAAGAAGAAACCAGCUACGCAGGAGAGUAGCUGAAAUUCUCCCCAACUUCCAAAUAUGACAGAAGAGUCAGAUGACAUGGGAAGGAGACAAGACCAGUUUUGUUCAGUGCUAUCUCCCUGUUGACUGAAACAAGUCUAGGGGGAAGGCUUACCAAGUGCAGAGGGUCUUAAGCCAAAAGGAGCUCCCUGUUGUCAGGUCACCGAUGUUGUAAAUGCAGCAUAGAUGGAAGCUGAUCUAACAGUUUCAAGGUUGCACUUCAUGGAGUCAUUCCCCUCAAGCCUCUGUAGGGGUCUCUUGGCUGUUGGCCAUGAAGCCCAAGAUAACUAAAGCCUAGCACAGGGUGUG